AUCCCUACGGAGUCGGCGACAUCAACACAGCGGCGGCGGCAACAUUGACCCCGACGAAUCGAGCAGGCGCGGCGAAGACGGCGGCUAUGGCGGCGGCGGCGGCAGUGGAGAGCGUGGUGGUGGUCCACAACGUGGCGAAGCGGCACAACGUGGGGACGCUGGCGCGGAGCGCCACGGCGUUCGGCGUCGCGGAGGUGGUCGUCGUCGGCCGCCGCGACGUCAGCGCCUUCGGCAGCCACGGCGCCACCUCGCACCUCCGCUUCCGCCACUUCGCCUCGCUCGCCCUCGCCCGCGCGUACCUCAAGGAUGAGAGAGGGUGUGACAUUUGCGGUGUGGAGAUAACCGAUGACGCGCAGCCGGUGACCGCUCACCCGUUCCGCCGGAGCACCGCGUUCCUAUUCGGCAACGAGGGUACAGGACUCUCACAAAAAGAGUGUGAGAUCUGUGACUUCUUUGUCUACAUCCCUCAGUAUGGUGGUGGAACAGCAUCUCUGAAUGUUACAGUUGCAGCUUCAAUUGUUUUCCACCACUUUGCAGUCUGGGCUGGCUUUCCUGAACGAGGCAGAGAGGGCAACAAAUUCAUUGUAGCUGAUAGACCUCAGGGGCACUCGAGGGGGCUUUACUGUACAGACUCGAUUGAAGCACUGAUUGAAGAGCGGAAAAUGCGAAAAGAAAAUGCAUGUGAUAUACUUGAAGAAAAUGGAAGCAGCCAUCCUCAGGAAUCAAAUGGCCUAGAUUUGAUGUUUACAGAGUAGGCUUAUCACUAGACAGCGUUAUUACAUCUCGUUUGUUGAAUCAAGUCCCUGCGUUGGGGUUGAUGACGCAGAUUUUUGCAAUACUACAACGCAUAACAGAAAUGUAUUUCCAAAAGAGCGAGAAGUAGAACACAGAUUUUCUUUCCAACCUUGGCAUGGAGCAGAAGGGCGCACCGAGCUUUUGUGAAGCCAGGGGGUGAGAGUGUACCUUGAAACCCAGGGAGUGGUUAAAGCUCUGUUUCGCUCAGAUUGCUUACUUUUUUAUGUUCCCAUGUAAAACAAGAUGUGGUGCCUGUUGCUUAUUGGAAUUGCUCUGUUGUAAUGUAGCCACCUAGGGGUUUGAUACUUGGCACCUGACUUCCUCACUUUGCAGGAAGUUGGAUGGGGGAGUUUGUAUUUGCUCUUCAAAUAUGAAAUUUAUUCAGAGUUGCCAUCCUU